CUUACACUUGAUUUGCAACUUACAACGACCGUAGCUAUUUUAUCUCAAGAUGCGGACAUGCCUCGUCCGAGACUCAAAAAUAGUAAGUUACUUAGAUUGCCAGCGUGAUAUACUAAAAAUGAGUCACGACUGACAAGGAUGGGCCAAGGAUGUGAGACGUGUCGAUCUCGAAAGGUGAAAUGCGACGGCCAAGUUCCAACUUGCAAGAUUUGCCGCAAGUCCGGACGCCAAUGCAAGUGGGAGGGACCGGAUAAUACGGAUCAAAGUACCCGGCCUAGCUUUCUCAACACAACGCCUCCAUCCCCCGACAACCCUAGUCUUGCCCUAACCCACGACUUCAUUUCCACGCUCUACCGCCACUACAUAACCACACUUGCGACCUGGUACGACCUCAAUGACUCCCAGCGUCGCUUCCAAGACCUCGUCUCGCUCGAGUCGUUAAACAAUCCACUCCUUUUCAGCGCUAUCCUUGCAUUCUCAUCGAUCCAAUUAUACCGACGCUCCAGUGACAAGGAGCACCUAUUCACAGCAGAGUUUUAUCAUUUGCAGAGUAUUCAAAAACUGAUCGUAAUUACCGAUGACUUGAACUCGUUUCAUCAUGAUGGCGCUACGCUGGCGGCGACUUGUUUGCUGAGAAGUUAUGAAAUUUUAGCUCAAAAUGUGACCUCACAGAGCCAUCUACUCGGAUCAUCGUCCUUUCUACAAGACCAGCAAAUCAACCUAACCACUUCUGAUCUUUUCAGUGCUGGAUUUUGGAAUUAUCUACGCGAAGACAUCACUGUCGCUCUCAUCGAGAAACGGCGGCUCAAGAUUGACCUUGAGGGGAUCCAAAUUCCGUAUGCUAGUCGUGACGACGAAAGAGCGAAUUUGAUUAGUUUGUUUCUCGGAAAAGCAAUUAAUAUUUGCUUCGGGGCCCCUCCUGCUACCGAUCAGCUGAGGGAAUUAGAAACUGAAGUUUCUCGGUGGAAGGACAGUCUUCCAGUGUCUUUUGACCCGAUAUUGUCACAAAACCAGACAGACAAGGUCGAUAGCUUUCCUGUCUUGUGGCUUUUUCAUGGUUGGCAUAUUGCAGCAUUGCAAUACUAUCACACUUUAAAAGUCAUAUUCUCUCUCGCAUCGCUCACAUCAAUCCAUGACUCUAGAUCAGACCCAUCCUCUGACAACAUUUUUCACCGAGCAUCGCACCUUCUGGAAAGCACCCCUAGCAUACUAGACAAAAUCGAUUAUCAUGUGACGCAAAUAUGCGCAUUGGCGAUUUCAAAUGACUGCGACGCCGCACGGGUGAACGCAUUUGGACCGGUGGCUUUUUGCGGCCCCUAUUUACGAAACGAACAAAAGCGUGCUCGGCUCGUCGAUGAGCUGAGAAUAUGGGCAGAACGAACUGGAUGGCCUACUGAGAGUAUUCUGCAAGUUCUGCAGAGUGCGUGGAAUUGAUACAU